UCCUCCGACAGACGUCUGGGAGUGUCGCUGAGACCCUGCGGACGUAUAUUAUUGUCACCAGCACAGUUCGUUUAAAUGCCGUUCCAGUCUUUCUCGGUGGGACCUGGUGAGGAUGACUAUGACGAAUCUGACUAUUAUUCGACUCAAGAAGAGGCAAGAAACAGGUUGCGGAGUCAAGGCAAAGAAUAUGGCCGCCGCUGUUGCAAAUGCAUAAUAGUGUCCUUGGCAGUGCUGUGCGUUACCCUAUUCAUUGCCGUAAUAUACCAGGGUGUCAACUGCAGGAACUUAACAGGAGAGCUUUCGACGAUGAAAGUUGCAGCAGCGCAGCAUAGCGACAAAUAUGGGAUCCUGGAUAAAGAGAAGGAGCAGCUACAGAAAAAUGUCAGCAUGACAGUUAAGAACAUGACAGACCUACAGGCACAAUAUAACCAGCUACAGAAAAAUUAUAUGAAGUUAGAGGAAACGAAGAAUAAGUUGAUCAGUGAGAAGAAUAAUUAUCAGCAACAAUGCAGCAGUUUGCAAAAGGAUAAGGAUGAAAUACAAAAAAAUUAUGAUGCUCUGUUAAGUAAAUUACCCCUCCUUCAGAAGUACUGUCACACCACUGAAAAAGAGAGAGUCUGUGAUCCCUGUCCUCAGGGCUGGGAGAAGCACAAUGGCCAGUGUUACUAUUUCUCUACAAGUGUAACGACCUGGAAUGAAAGUCAGAAUAACUGCAUUAAGGAGGCGGCUCACUUGGUGACUGUAAACAGUGAAGAGGAGCAGGACUUUAUCACCAAAGAGGGAAGCAGCAGUUACUGGAUUGGACUGACUGACAGUGCGGAGGAGGGAGUUUGGCGCUGGGUGGACGGCACUGAUCUGAAGCAGGGAUUCUGGUUAUAUGGGGAGCCGGACAAUAAGGACCAGCAGUCAGCAGGCAUAACAGCAAACUGUGUCAUUAAUAGCAGAGAAUGGAAGGAUGAACCCUGUGAAGAUCAGUAUAGAUGGAUCUGUGAGACUCAGACACUGCAUCCCAAACCACUUCAUAUCUUUUCAUCAGACAAUUUGAAGACCGAAACCACAGGAUCCAGCGCCCAUUCUUACAGACGGAGUACAGUGUGCCUGGGGGUCCUGUGUUUCCUCCUGUUCAUUUCCGUAAUAAUUCUGGGUGUCUAUUUGAUGGAAGUUAAGCCCAAACAGCACAUUGAUGACUGCAGCAUCCUGGUUGAUGAGCGGAACCAGAUACAGGGAAACUACAGCAUCCUGCUUGAUGAGCGAAACCAGAUACAUGGAAACUACAGCAUCCUGGCUAAAGAGAUGGAACAGCUUUUCCUUGUACUUAACAACAUGACUCAACUACAGGAACAAAAUAACCAGCUACAGAAAAAUUUCAGCAUCACAGUUAAGAACAUGACACAUCUACAAGAACAAAAUUACCAGCUACAGAAAAAUUAUACAAAGUUAGAGGACAUGAAGAAUAAGUUGGUCAGUGAGAAGAAUUAUUUUCAGCAACAAUGCAGCAGUUUGAAAAAAGAUAAGGAUGAAAUACAAAAAAACUAUGAUGCUCUGUUAAGUAAAUUACCCCUCCUUCAGAAGUACUGUCACACCACUGAAAAAGGGAGAGUCUGUGAUCCCUGUCCUCAGGGCUGGAAGGAGCACAAUGGCCAGUGUUACUAUUUCUCUACAAGUGUAACGACCUGGAAUGAAAGUCAGAAUAACUGCAGUAAGGAGGCAGCUCACUUGGUGACUGUAAACAGUGAAGAGGAGCAGGGCUUCAUUACCAAAGAGGGAAGCAGCAGUUACUGGAUUGGACUGACUGACAGUGCGGAGGAGGGAGUUUGGCGCUGGGUGGACGGCACUGAUCUGAAGCAGGGAUUCUGGUUAUAUGGGGAGCCGGACAACAAGGACCAGCAGUCAGCAGGCAAAACAGCAAACUGUGUCAUUACUAGCAGAGAAUGGAGGGAUGAACCCUGUGAAGAUCAGUAUAGAUGGAUCUGUGAGACUCAGACACUGCAUCCCAAACCACUUCAUAUCUGAUAAAUCAUUUACUCUGAAGCAUAUACUGAUAAAUGACCUAACUGUAUUUAUAAAUUACUUAUUUUUAAAUAAUAUCUUCAUUAGUAAAUAAGCUAAAUCUGCAACUUAGCUUAAGUUGGUUAAGUUUAAAUAAUAUUACAUUUUUCUCUUUUUCAUAGUCACCUGCAAAUUGUCGAGUCCAUGCCGGUAAUUAGAAUAAUAAAAUGCUUCUCCUGCUAACUGUGACUGUACAGACAUCUGAUUUACAACCACCAAUGGCAAUACUUUUGGUAAAAUGCGCCAAGCACUGAUGCGUCAAUGUAUUGCACUGCUACUUAUGAGAGAUAUUUGCAUAAAGUCGUGUCACAAAGCACUGGCAACCGUGAGCAUCUAACAACUAGAAAUUUGCUUUAAGCUCAUUUAAAUAACACAGUGCGCUUCAAGUGAAUGACGCCCGUAACAAUUCUGAAACAUACGCUGACAGUAUUAUUGCAAACUAAAAAAAAAAUUUAAAGCUCUUCAUAUUUUUAAAGAAAAACUGUAAUUUACCUGCUUUGAAUCUGAAUACUUUUUCUUUAAAAUUGAUUUUGUAUUAGUAUUUUCCUUCAAUUGUUAUUCAGUAGUAAAUUGAAAUAAUAAGCUGUGAGCAGAACUAAACUGUAAACACUGUAAAAGAUUCUGUACUGGUUUUGAAUUUUCAAUGCAAAUGGUUGGAUCAAAAUA